AUGGAUCGUAUUAACUAUAAAUGUGACGAAGUAAAAUUGCAUAAAGAAUUUUCAGAAAAAAUUGUAGAACGAAUAUUUAAUAUUAUAAAAAAGCAAGGUUAUAUUUCAUACGAUGUCGAAGCCAGAAAAAUAUCAACAGGAGGAAACAAUUUCUUAGGUGAGCUAUAUGAAAUAAACAUAAAAGGGAAAAUUAAAGAAGUUCAUACAGAAACUAAUAUAUUUCUAAAACACAUAAUUUACAACAACGAUUUUAAAGUAUACUCAAUACCAGAAGUGUACGCAAAAGAAGCAUUUCUUUACACAGAACUUGGCAAAAUAUUCUAUGAAUUACAAGAUGAAGCUGAUAUUCCUUUGCAAGAUAGAUUUAAAUUAGUUAAAGGUUACGAUGAAACGAAUUCAGAGGUUAUAAUACUUGAGAACUUAACUCAGAAGGGGUUCAAAACAAUGUUCAGGUCGGAUGUUAUGUCGAUAGAAUUCGCUAAGCUAUCUGUUGAGCAACUUGCAAGAUUCCACGGUCUCUCCUUCGUGUUGCAAAGAAAAAGGCAAGAAUAUUUUGACGCGAAAAUUAAACCAAUAAAACAAUCAUUUGUUUACAAUGAGUAUUGGAACGAUUUUAUCAGAAGAAUAUGUAAAGUGUCAGUGGCGAAAUUAGAUGACGAAACUAAAAAGAAUAUAUGGACUUUCUUUGAUUCGUCGUUGGAGAAAUAUCCGAAAUAUAUGAAUGGGACGGAUAUGCCGUUCAAAACUUUAUGCCAUGGAGAUUACAAAAUGAAUAACAUUUUAAUGAAAGAAACAGAUGGAGUCAUCGCAGAAGUGAUACCAAUCGAUUUCCAACAAAUCUACUACGGAUGUCCUGUAAUAGAUCUUAUAUACUUCUUAUAUGCAUCUAGUGAUAGAUCUUUUAGAAAAAAGUAUUUAAUAUACCUUAAAGAUUAUUAUUUUGAUAGCUUAAAAUGUUUUUUAGGCUAUUUCGAUAUUGAUGUGAUUGAAUUUUGUACAAAAGAGGACUUCGAUACUUGUUUUCAGAAUAGUUUAGACUACGCAUUAAUGUACACUUUAUACAUGCUGCCAAUGUUUUUCAUAUGUGAUGACGUACCAGAUCUUAGUAAAGAUGAUAUUUUAGAAAUGCCGAUAAAAGUGGAUGAAAAUUUUUAUAACAGAAUGCAAGGGAUCAUCGAUGAUUUUAUUGAAUUGGGGAUCAUA